CUGAUGAUAAGGGCCUGAUAUUGGGAAUGUGGAAUCCUGCUUCGCUAACCUCCAUCACAGAAAUACCUAGAAAUCCCGCCAGUCACUUCAGAAAUGUGUCAAUGUCUUUAAAUCCUUCAGGCGCUCAGAUCAUAAGCAUAUCGUCAGAUCCAGAGAGGAAGAUCGUUUUUGCAGCCAUUGGAUAUUCAAUUUACGCAUUCCAAAACUUUACCAUCUGGCAGAAUGAAACCAUUCCUAUUUCAGUUGCAUACAGAGGGAGGUCUAUCGGAAAUGCCCAGAUUGCAUUUGACUAUGUUUCAAAAAACUUAUACUGGUGCGAUUCCUUGCUUAAUUGGAUAGCCAUGAAACCAGCAUAUCUCGACAAUACAACGAUAUAUAAAUUGAUUUUCCACAACAAUUUGAAACAACCAGAAGGAUUGGCACUAGAUCCCGAGGCUGGACUGAUGUUCUUUUCCGAUAAUGAUGUGAAUCCACGCAUUGAAAAGGCCUCCAUGAAUGGAGAUAAUAGGACUAUAAUAGUGCACACAGGAUUGAAACGAGUUCUGUCCCUUUCUGUUGAUGUUAUAAAUAGCUUACUGUACUGGGCAGACUAUGGCAGACACACUGUCGAGGUCAGCGACUAUUACGGAUUAAACAGAAAAGUACUGCGACGUAGCAACAACGUUCCUGCGACUGGAUUACAUUUUUAUGAGGGAAUGUUGCAUGUUGUAAGUUCUGGAGCUAGAGCCAUGUUUGGAGUAGAUGCAGCAUCAGGAACACAGCUUUACAGUCUAAGGAUAAAUACAGCACAGCCGUAUGCAGUACAUGUUUAUGAUGCAGAAACCUCCAAGGAAUACAUCGACCCUUGCACUUCUAGAAGUUGUCAACACAUCUGUGUAAACACUCCAGAGGGAGCUAAAUGCCUCUGUGCCGAGGGUUACUUGAUAUCUUCAGAUGGAAUGACGUGCACGGAUCGCUCCUGGUUCCAUGAGAAAGGUUUUAUCUUGCACAAUUCAACGGCGUUUUCGAUGUAUGAAGUGCAUUUCGUCAACGGUAGACGAGGCUGGUAUCCGUUUAUAACAGUUCCAUCCUCCAUUAUUCAGACAUUUGCUGUUGACGCCAACAGCCAUCUUAUCUAUUUUGUGGACAGUAGCAACAACGAAUUGAAAGAACUGAACAUAAUCAGUUUAAAAAUUAGAACGUUGACGUCCAUUCAAUUUGCAUCAGAUCUGAAUUUUGAUUGGAUUACUAAUCUUCUUGGAUGGAUUGAACCUACUUCGUCUAGCAUAAAGGCAUUUUCAGUUAAUUCUGGAACAACGUCAACAAUAUACAUCGGACUUGAACAACCAACUUCAUUAACAGUUAACUCUCAUAAUGGGGACCUUUAUUGGAUUUCGGGAACAUUAGGAAAAUCCAUAAUGAAUGGAAACUGGAAUAGAAAUUCUCCUCGUACAGUUGUGUCGACUGCAAACCUGAAUAAUCCCAUCUCUCUCCUUUAUGAUGUCACAAGCAACCGGUUGUAUUGGGUUGAUGACUCAAUGAUCAAAAGUUCAUUGACUAAUGGAUCCGAUAUUAGAAGCCACGUCAUCACGUUUGGUGUAACACAGGCAUUUGCAUAUAAGGGUUAUUUAGGCUGGAUAAUGGGGAACAAAAUGUACUUCUCUAGAAAGUCUUCAAACAUUGCAGAGAGUUAUGUAGACAUCGGAGAAAAUGUCAAAGGGGUGGCCAUCUUCGAUUCGUCUCUGCAAGAGGAUAAAAGAGGCAGCUGUCAUUUACUUAAUGGUGGUUGUCAAGAUAUUUGCUUGCCGUUACAAACUGGUCGUGAGUGUGAGUGUGAUUUAGGUCUUCAGCUUCAGCCUGAUUUGAAAACAUGUGAUGGCAAAGUUUACACGACGAAUUUCAUCGUGGUGUCUGAUUAUUCCCAUGGGAGGAUGCUUCAGAUUAACAUAGACAAAGGUGGUCUCGUAAAGCUGCCUAUAAGUACAGGGAAUUCUGCAGGAAUAACAUUCGAUAAAACUACAAAGGAACUCCUUUAUUGUGAUCUCUCCACGAAGAAUAUAAUGUCUUCUUCACUCCAUGGAGGGAACACCACUCUGGUCUAUGCAACUGGCUUUGUGAAUCCUGACCGUAUGGCGAUUGAUUAUUCAACGGGAAAUAUUUACUACACUGCGGUAGGGUCAACAUCGAGUCAGAGUUAUAUCGGUGUAAUUCAUAGAACUACCUUUCAGCAUAAAACAUUGUUGUCUGACCUUCACAGUCCAAGAGAAAUAGUGGUAUAUCCGUCAAAAGGUUUCUUGUUUUGGACGGAGUUUGGGAAUCUAACUGAAAUAGGAAGAGCAUAUAUGGACGGGUCAUCAAAAACAUAUAUUGCAACAACUGACAUUGGAUGGCCUAAUGGUCUUGCCAUUGAUUUUACAUCCGACAGAAUUUACUGGACAGAUGGACAGAAAAACCGCAUCGAAUUCUCAGAUUUAAAUGGAGGAAACAGACGUGUUUUGACAACUGACAAUGAUGCACAUUUGAUGAGCAUUGUGGUUCACGGACAAUAUCUCUAUUAUACCGCGUGGAAUCGGCAACGGAUAACAAAGAUGCACAAAACAACAGGAUCAAAAGUCACCUUUAUGUCAAACCACCCUGAGCUUGGUCGACUUGACAGUCUUGCUAUAUAUGCAGACGAUGUAGUUGAUGUGAGUUUAAGUUGUUCCCAGAAAAACGGUGGUUGCAGUACAUUCUGCUUUCCGAAACCAGCAGGAAGAACAUGUGGAUGUCAGGACAAUGUUAAUUUACAAUCAGACCAAACAACAUGUCAAGGAGUAUCUAGUUGUACCACUUCACUACAGAAUAUAUAUAUACCCGAUUGUCUCCCAUAUCCUGGGCAGGUUUGCAAUAUAGAGUGUAAAGCUGGAUACAGACUAGAUGUCAAUACGUCUAUUACAUGUGAUACUUCUGGACAAUGGAAUCCUUCUCCAUCUUCUUUAUGUACAGAAAUAUUGUGUUCAUCACCUGUUGGAAAUGUGAUGCUGUCAUCAAUUUGCACGCGAAGAGUGGGUGACUCGUGCACAUUCAAAUGUGCAGAAGGCUACACCUCGACAAUUUCACAGAACUUGCUUUGUACAAAUGAUGGUACCUGGAACUUUGACACCAAAAACUUAUGUAUACGUUCUGGUUGUUCAAAGACAAUACGAAAUGGUCAACUUAUCAACUGUGAAUCAAAACUAGGAGAAACAUGUCGAUAUGAAUGCAAUAGUCAACUGGAAAACAAUCCAUCUGUUCCAAAUGUUACAUGUAACGCAAGUGGUAACUGGGAUCACGAUACAAAUGAUCUAUGUGUACAACUGUGUCCUUCAACUAUUCGUAAUGGAAACUUAAAAUCAGAUUGUCAAAGAAAAGUUGGAUAUAGCUGUUUAUUUACAUGUGACAGUGGCCAUAAAUCUAUAAUUUCUUCUUCAAAUAUUGUGUGUACCUCGGAUGGCCUUUGGAACGAAAAUACCAACGAAUUAUGCCAACACAUAACCUGUCAACUAGAAAUAAGAAAUGGUAAUUUGAGCUCCAUUUGUAAGGGAAAUAUCGGAGAAAAAUGUGACGUGGUAUGCCAUGAAGGAUUUAUAAAGAACUCUCCAAAUUUAAUCUGCACAACGGAGGGAUUAUGGGACAAACGCACCGAUGGCAUUUGUGUACAAAGCACUUGUAAGUGA